AUGAGCUCCAGCAACCUCAGCGCUUCCAGGGAGAACGCCGACUUGCCGCUCUUGGGGCCAGGAGUGGUCGUACCGGUGAUAUUUGGCUUCAUAUUUCUUCUGGGCAUCACUGGGAACACUCUGGUGUUGGUCGUCUUGGGACGGACCAAGUCGAAGAAGGCGCGGAGUACAACCAAUGUCUUCAUUCUGAACCUCAGUAUCUCCAGCAUUGCGUUCCUGGUCUUCUGUGUGCCCUUCGAAGCCACCAUCUACACGCUGCCCGACUGGAUCUUCGGCGCUUUCCUCUGCAAGACGGUGCACUACUUUAAAAUGGUCACCAUGCUGGUGAGCAUCUUCACCAUGGUGGCCAUGUCGGUGGACAGAUACAUCGCCGUGGUCCGCUCCAUGCGCCCCCCGUCCAUCAGGACUACGAGGAACGCCACGGUCGGGGUGGGCUUGACUUGGUUGCUGUCUUUGUUGGUUGCCGUCCCCGUAGCUCAGCAACAGAACCUGCUGGGACACCACGGAGCGCCCAAUAACUCCUUCUGCUGGAACUCGUGGCACAACAAACCCCAGGAACGCGUCUACAAAGUUGGCAUCUUGGUGAUCGGUUACUUGCUGCCUCUUCUGCUGAUCUGCUACUGCUAUGCCAAGAUCUUGUUCCAUCUCCACAAAAAGAUGAGGAAUGUUUCAAAAAAAUCAAAGCGCUCCAAGAAAAAGACUGCCCAGACAGUCAUGCUAGUUGUGGCCACUUUUCUUCUGUCUUGGCUGCCUCAACACAUCAUAACCAUGUGGGCCCAAUUUGGAACUUUCCCGAUGACUGAUGCAUCCUUUGCAUUCAGGAUCAUCUCGCAUUGCAUGGUGUAUGGAAAUUCCUGCAUCAAUCCCAUAAUAUAUGCAUUCCUGUCGGAAAACUUUCGGAAAGCCUGCCAUCAGGCCUUUGUGUGUAAAUUCCUUUCCCCACAUCCCAUUGAGGAAAAAGUUGUCAGGAUCCGCAUGGACAACUUCUCUGCUGCCCCUACAAGGACAAACACUUGAAAGCAUUGCCUUCAGAUGCGACCACCAGCCGAACGCACAGCCUGUGAAUAUGCACAUCUAUCUAGAAUGCAAACAACGAUGAU